AUGCCGACGCGAAAUCCAUCUACACUGACGGCUUCCCCACCGGAAGAGCCCAACGAGCGGGCGCCCCUAUUAGGGGGGCAUGAUUCUGGUUAUGACGACCAUCCCAAGGCUACAUCUUUUCCCCAUCGUCGUCUCUUGCUCCUUGUGUGCCUUUCUGUUGUGGCUGCUGACUUCGGCAACUAUCUUGGCUAUGCCCCUCAUAUCGAAAUCCUUGAAUCGAUUAUCUGUCGCCAGGCUCGAGGCAGCGACUUGUUUGGGGUAGAUGACAACUGCAAGUCGCCUCAAGUCCAAGGAGAAUUAGCCCUGAUAAAUGGAUGGAAAGACACAUUUGACCAGCUACCAGGAAUCUUCCUUGCGCUUCCUUAUGGGUUUGCUGCGGAUAGAAUAGGGCGUAAGCCUAUUCUGGCACUCAGCUUGACUGGACUGAUUCUCGAAGAAAUCGCCACCCGAUUAAUCUUUUUUUUCAACGCCGUCUUGCCGCUGCGGUUAAUUUGGAUGGCGCCCGCUUUUCAAAUCAUCGGCGGCGGACCGCAAAUAGCGACCGCUAUGGCCUAUGCUAUAGUGACCGAUAUGGUACCAAGCCAUCAAAGGGCAUCUGUGUUCUUCGUCCUGUCUGCUGCGACUUUACUAGGCGAAAUUAUUGGUACUCCAGUUGCUGCUUUCCUAAUGUCGUGGAGCCCAUGGAUCCCUUCGCUGUUGGGUCUGUUCUUUAUGUCCUUGGGGUUGCUCGGAACCGCUUUUAUCUCUGAUAUACCUUUCAAAUCAUCGCGAGGCAACAACCAACAGGAUCUGGAGGAGGAAGAGGGAGAGGGCGAGGGACAAAAUUCCACCUUGGUGCACGACCCACGUUGGAAAAGUGCCAUACUCCGGCAGUGGAAUCACCUUCGAAACAAUUACAUGGCAUCCUGGAGCGUCAACCUUUUCUACACUGUCGGUGCAUUUUUACUUGCAAGUAUCGGUCGCCAAGCGCUACAGCUUAUUGUUCAAUAUGCCUCAACCCGCUUUUCUUGGAGCAUUGCCCGCGCCAGUUCACUCAUCACGCUGAAGGGCAUUAUAAAUCUCGUCACUUUAUUGAUCAUUCUCCCUUGGCUUUCCAACUGGCUAAAUGAACAUUUACUUCUUUCGCCUGCCGCCAAGGACCUCCGUAUCGUCCAAGGCAGUGUGUGGAUUUUAACUCUGGGUUCGGCCAUCAUGGCCAUUUCCACCCAUCCGGCCGUAUUCAUAGUCGGUGUCAGCUUUCUCGCACUCGGAUGGGGUUUCUACUCGGCCCUGCGAAGUCUAGCCAUGGAAAUGGUAUCGCCGUCGCAAGUGGGUAUUGUAAAUACGGCGAUUGGGUUCGCCCAAAGUAUCGGUUCUAUGGUCUCAGGGCCCAUUCUAGCUGCCGCAUUCCGGCAGGGCCUGCAGGAGGAUGGAAUUUGGGUAGGACUACCCUAUAUGGUUGCGGCUGGUCUAUUCUUUCUAUCCGGCUGCUUGACAGGUUGUCUUCAAAUUGCGCCGGGGAGAAGUGGCGCUUAA